AUGCGUCUGACGAAAGAAUGCUUACACGGGGUCUGCAGGUAUCUCUGGAAUAUUCAGACAGGUACGCAUCCAUCAUCCUCCCCCACCCCAUCCCUCAAACGCGAUCUCGAUGAACGAACCUCCAUUGCGCGACAGUCCGCCCACCCCCUCGCCCUCGCCUUCCUUUACGCCUUCCGAAUAGCAGCCAUCGUGGUCUACCUCUUCUGCGGCAUCGUCACCACGAACUAUGUGCUUGCGAACGUAAUCGUCGUCGUCCUUCUCGCAAUGGACUUCUGGAACUGCAGGAACGUUGCUGGCCGAACCCUGGUCGGCUUGCGGUUUUGGAAUCAGGCGAGUCCAUUUUGCGACUCGGCUACUGAAAACCCCCCUGAUGUUGACGACGAUGGAGAGAGUUAUUGGGUUUUCGAAAGCCGAGACCCCUCUCGUCCAGCGAACCCUAUUGAUUCCAAAAUGUUCUGGACCGCGCUUUACGUCUUCCCCGCAUUAUGGGUAGUCCUGCUUAUCGUCGCUAUCCUCACGCUCAAUGCAUCCUUCAUUCCCGUCGUGGUCCUCGCCCUCGUCUUCAACUUCACGAACGUCAUCGGCUUUACCUAUGCCGACCGAGAUGCGAAGCAGCGCUGGGCCAAGGACAACAUGGGCGGCUUCAGCCUUGGCGGUCUGGGUGGCAUCGGCGGCCAGAUCCUCACCGGCGCUGUCAAGUCGAGCGUUGGGAGAGUCUUCGGGGGGCGUUAGGCUGCUGUCCUCCACUGCAAGUAAUUCGCAUCAAUCAUGUCCUCGACGUUGUGCACUCGCAUUGUCUUCGACGUCGUGCACUCGCAACGUCUUCGCUAUGCACUCCAGUCUGGCCCACUCCGCCUUAUUUAUUUCAAGCUCUUAUAUAUUCAUGAGGCCUUCCCACCUC